AUGCAACAGGUUCAGCCAAUACAACAGGUUCAGCCAAUGCAACAGGUUCAGCCAAUGCAACAGGUUCAGCCAAUACAACAGGUUCAGCCAAUACAACAGGUUCAGCCAAUGCAACAGGUUCAGCCAAUGCAACAGGUUCAGCCAAUGCAACAGGUUCAGCCAAUGCAACAGGUACAGCCAAUACAACAGGUACAGCCAAUACAACAGGUACAGCCAAUACAACAGGUACAGCCAAUACAACAGGUACAGCCAAUACAACAGGUACAGCCAAUACAACAGGUACAGCCAAUACAACAGGUACAGCCAAUACAACAGGUACAGCCAAUACAACAGGUACAGCCAAUACAACAGGUUCAGCCAAUGCAACAGGUUCAGCCAAUGCAACAGGUUCAGCCAAUGCAACAGGUUCAGCCAAUACAACAGGUUCAGCCAAUACAACAGGUUCAGCCAAUACAACAGGUUCAGCCAAUACAACAGGUUCAGCCAAUACAACAGGUUCAGCCAAUACAACAGGUUCAGCCAAUACAACAGGUUCAGCCAAUACAACAGGUUCAGCCAAUACAACAGGUUCAGCCAAUACAACAGGUUCAGCCAAUGCAACAGGUUCAGCCAAUACAACAGGUUCAGCCAAUACAACAGGUUCAGCCAAUGCAACAGGUUCAGCCAAUACAACAGGUUCAGCCAAUACAACAGGUUCAGCCAAUACAACAGGUUCAGCCAAUACAACAGGUUCAGCCAAUACAACAGGUUCAGCCAAUACAACAGGUUCAGCCAAUACAACAGGUUCAGCCAAUACAACAGGUUCAGCCAGUGCAACAGGUUCAGCCAAUGCAACAGGUUCAGCCAAUACAACAGGUUCAGCCAAUACAACAGGUUCAGCCAAUACAACAGGUUCAGCCAAUACAACAGGUUCAGCCAAUACAACAGGUUCAGCCAAUAGCAACAAGUUUAACAAACAUCAACAGAGUCAACAACUAUAAUAAGGUUCUAUAA